AUGACAUCAUUUCCCAAACCGCCCACCCCACCUCGCCAAGGUCUCACGUCGCCUUCUAAAAGCCAGACGCCCAAAAGCGGCAGCCACAUUCGCCUGACAAGCACAACGACAACGACAAGAUCGCACUCGCAACAAAAUUCCUUUGCAUCUCUGGAAGAGCUCAUGAAAAAGGAUGAUUUGGCGGAACGGGGAUUGAUGCAUUCGAUCGAAGAGCGAAGGACGACAGUUCCGACCGAUGGUGGAGACGUCUGGAGGGCAUCCGUAAAUGGAGAACGCCCUCCACUCGGCGCGGUACCAUUAGAUCAAUUUUCCAAUGUUGUUUGUUUGGCCGACCAGAAUUCGUUGGGUGGUAGUUGGAACAGUGGAGACCACAAACGGAGACUCUCGGGCAGUCUGGCAGGAGGAGGAAGCAGCCAUGGCAGUAGUCAAAAUUCCGCCGGAAAACUGGCUGACAUUGCCCGAAAGAUGCGACAAAAGGCAAUUGUUGCUACUACCUUGGACGGUUCCGACACGGCCGGCAGUAGCCAAGCAACGUCAUCUUCCAAUCACCGAAGAGGACAGAGUCGAGCCGGUGCCAUUCUGGACAGCAUUCAAGAGCAACAAGAGCAACCUGAUGCUGUUUUUGAUAAUGUGAUGGGCUUGACUGGAACACCCAACUCUGACGAGACAAAUGAUACAAACAAUCCUACGUUGGAAAUAGAACAGGCAACCAACAGCACGGAUCGAUUACUGACUGGAGCCAUGCAUGUCGAAGAACUAUUUGAAACCUUUCAACAGCAGCAAGAUCAACAAGCACAAGCAGAUACAGAACCAGAACCAGAAAAAUUUGUGGUUGCAGAAGGAGCAAAUGAUCCAGUUGUGGAGGAACAGGAACAACUAUUGGCGGAUCCUGCAACAGUUCCCACCUAUAGCAGUUUGACACAGAGUGCCUGUGCUGCUAACAGCGAAGUAUCUGUAUCCAACUCUCCGAGAUUCAGACCUCAUCAUCAGAAACAGAGUCCCAAGCUGUUACGUGCAAAGUCUGCUGCCAAGAAAAGAAAAGCACGAUGGCAGCGAUUUGUUGGGACAUGGUGCAAUCCUCUCAAACUGUUCCAACGUCUAUGGAAUCUACUGUGGCAUCAGUCCUAUGUUUUGCACAUUGUCGUGCCGUGUUUUGCGACGGCAUGGUUCGCGUAUUAUGUACUCGACAAUCCCAAGCCCAGCUUUCUCCCGGGCAAUGCGUCGCUCUCGUGGUGGCUCAACUUUAUGGGGCAACAAGUGCUCAUUUUGGAGUGCUCCCGUAUAUUUCAAUGGGUUUUGAUUGACAAAUUGGUUCUGGGAACGAGACUGGCAGUACAGUGCUUGGGGCCCCUGCUCACACUCGUUUUCAUUCAAGCUCGUGGGUAUCCUUUCUGCAUGGCCACUUGGGGAUUCCUCGAUUUGAUAUUGUUAGAAGGAAGCAAUAGCAUCGAGCAGUGUUGGUUCUACUUUACAGGACUUUACUUGCAGGGAGAUGGAAGUGGCGAGGUCAUUUUGUCAUCUGACCUCUACAUCCGGCUGCUAGUAAGCAUGAUCUUGGCGGGCAGUGCCACGGCCAUCAAACGGACUGCCGUUGCCAUGUACUUCGGAAAGAGAACCUUCAUGGCGUUCAAGCCGCGCCUCGAACGGUUAUUGAAAGACGUGGUUCUGGUAUCUGAACUGGCAGCGCUGGCGGAAGAAGCCGAAAUUGCCGCCUCCGAGGAAGAAAAACUCCUACAGGAUACACCAGUAGGCAAAGAAAAAAGCGUGAGCCAGGUAAAGUUUUUGGGUGACGUAACUUGGAGCAGAAGUCCACGGUCAUCACGAAGAGCUCUCAAGAAGGGUGGAAAUGCGGCGCAAAAAGGGCAUGGAGGUUCGUCCAACCAUCCACAUCCUCCAAAUACCAGUGGCGAUAGCGACUCGGAUGAUGACGACGACAGUGAACUUACGACACAGAAUGAUAUCCGACCCCCGACGGAACGUCCUGACUUGCAACACGAUGCGAGUGGGAAUCUCCGUAUCAAGGAUUUGUUGGACCAUUGGGAUGAGCCCGUGAACAGAAUGGAUAAGUCUUUGAACGCAUCCAUCUCAGACAUUCUGCGGUUUCGUCGAGCGCUUACGUUCAUGGACGAUGAUCAUCUCUUUGGCGAAACCUUUGGCCCAGCAUCGACGCGCGAUGAACUGAUCACGUCAGCUCACGACGUUUACCACAGGCUGCUGAAACUGACACCGGGACGCAACAAAUUAUCGUGCGAGUUCUACGAUAUGCUGGCGCUAGAUGAUGAUGGUGAGACUGUAAACGUCGGAAAGCGAAAGGCUCUGAGGAAACUCUUUCGACCAGACAGGAGCAACGAGCUUUCUCUGCUUGCAUUUGUGCAGUGCUGUGAUUCGCUGUACAAGAAACUGCGGUACUUUCGUGCCAAUGUGGGAAACGCUUCUGUGAUUGACCAUGCUUUGGAAGCGAUUGUAGAUGGUGCUUUCAGUUUCGUCCUGAUACUGCUUUUGUUGUCGGUCAUGAGGAUCAACCCUUGGCCGCUACUGGUUUCAAUUUCGACGUUGCUCGUUUCCAUUUCCUUUGCUGUUGGCAGCAGUGCUUCAAAGUGGUUUGAAGGAAUGCUGCUGGUGGCAGCACGUCGGCCUUACGAUCUCGGUGACAGGAUCUACAUGAAUGAUCCCUCAAUUAUCAUCACUGAUGGUUUGUGGUACUGUUGGUUUGUGGAGGAUAUUAAUCUUUUCCACACAACGGUACGAUACGCGGGUACCAACGAAGUUGCAACAAUCAACAAUGGAAGCGUAGCCAACAUGAGGAUCGUUAACGGAGCUCGCAGUCCGAAUGCCGCGGUUUGGUUCCAAUUCGCAUACAGAGCCAACCUCAUGGAAGAUGGCAAUAUCGAUAAAGUCAAGGCCGCGCUUGAGGAGUAUGCCAAGAACAACCCACGUAACUGGCACAGCUUCUCGUACUUUCGUGUCGAUGAAGUUCACCCAGAGUUGGAGAAACUGGUAGUGACCAUUGGAUUGCAGCACAGGAGUGCGUGGCAAGAUCUGGUGCGGAUUCUUGAGGCUAAAGCAGCCGUCAUGUGCUGGCUGAUGGAGUACAGUCGGAAGCUUGGCAUCAUCUAUGACGAGCUUCCACGGCGCGAGCUACUCUACUAUGCUGGGUCUUUGAAAGAUGGAGCUGUCAAACAGCAUCGAUAUCAGCUCCACGACCCUUCCAAUAUCACUCCUGGUAGUUUCCCCAUCCCAUCAUCAACCCAGAGCGAGGGCAAUCAAGAGAUUGCACAGAUGAUGCAACAUGUUCCUCGCGCGCCAUCUGAUGCCACCUUUUUGCAGCAGCUACAACACUCUCAUGGAUGA